CAGAGUUCAAUUUGUGUCCCGAUGGACUGCAGUGGAAAUCUACAAAGAGCAAACGCUUCAGUAGAUAUCCUAACCGCAAUUUCUGGCUUGCGGAGUGAGCAGGACGAAGAGAAAUGGCAGAGGCACAUCAGGCACGCAUGCAGACUGUGGUGGAAGAAAUGGUCCAUAGCCUGGAGAGAGACCACAUCCGUAAAAUGCAGGGUCGCAUGUUCAGUUGCAGUGCGGACUGCUGUGCUCGCUCCUCAGCCUCUAUGUCUGAGGUGCAUCAAUGUAUCGACAGGUGUCACACUCCUCUGGCCAAAGCUCAAGGACUGGUCACUUCAGAACUGGAGAAGUUUCAGGACCGUCUGACCAGAUGCACGAUGCACUGCAAUGAUAAAGCUAAGGAUCUUCUUGACUCUGGCGCCAAAGAGCCAGCAGUUCGAUCGCUGUUGGACCGCUGUGUGGGCAGUUGUGUGGACGACCAUAUUAACUUGAUCCCCAGCAUGACCCGGAGAAUUAAAGAACAUUUGGACUCUAUAGAGCAGUAAGGAAUGGGUUGGCUGGAUCCUGGAGACUACUUGGGAUCAUUACACAGGCAUACAGCACCGCAGCGCAGGGUUAGACAACUCAGUCAGUUUGAUCAGUAACAACUGAAGAACAGAGAGCUGGAACGCCAUAAAAAGGCAGGGAGAGUGAAGUUUAAAAUCACAUGAGGCAAAGGGUGGGGUUUUGGUGUUGUGGAGAUUUAUUGUACUCAGUGUAACCUUUAUACAGUAAUCUCCCUGGACACUGGCAGCUCAAAGUUGCCAGUAGGUUCUUAGAUCUUGGUUCAUCUGCAACGAGAAACAAAUCCAGUGGUGCAUCUGGUGUUAGAACGCUGUGUGUGUGAACAAGGUUAACAGCUCAAAAAUAGUUUGUGUGCAUCUUUUAUAAACAGGAAAACUCAGUACAGAUUUCACAUUACAUCAUGCAGUCCAAAUGAUUCAGAUGUGCAUUCACUGAUAUAUAGUUUUUAAUGUCCUCUACAUUAAAACCAUCUCCCUAAUAAUUAAUCCCUGCAGUUCCUUCCCCGUAUGCAACUGCUUGUCUCUCUUUUGUGUGUGUAUUAGUGACUUAUUCUGCGAUGGUCUUACCUCCCAUAGUAAGAUAUGUUUAACUGAAUUUUAGUACCACAUUACUGUCAUAAUAUCAACAGGUGCUCCAGUAAUAACAAAACAUAAGUGGUUCUUUGGAUUCAUGUAUUUUAAUGACUACAAAAGAAUAUUCUCUGUACAAAAAAUAUGUAGAAGACGGGCAGUGUUAUAAGGUGCGGCCUUAUAACAUUAAAACUGUACAAGAAUAAAUACAAUAAGAAAGAAUACAUGGGUUGAAUUUUAUAUAACUGAUCCAAAUGUAGUAUGGUGUAAAUGUUCAUUCAGAAAGUGUUUAAAUUUUACAGAUGGUGAGUCUUAAUUAUGCAGCCUCUGUUGAAUUUAAAACUUAUUCAUGUUUGCAGUAAUAACCACUCUGAGCAGAAUGAGUAAAAAAGGAACAACAUAUUACAAGAAGCCUGAGAAUAAGAGUCAGCAGAUGAUACAAAGUCGAUCUAGUGAAAUGACUCAAUAAUAGAUCCAUAGCGUUAUUUAAUAGAUUAGCCAACUAUUAACUAAUGUGAAACAACUAUGUGAUAAGCUCUAACAAAGACAGUUUUUCCUUUAAGAAGUGACAGACUUGCAGGCUAGAGGCUAAAAGAAUCUGCUCUAAACUUGUGUACUGUAGAAAGAAAACUCUUCACCCAGUAACCUUUAACAGGGAAAUGACUGCUGAGUUGUAUUCUAACUACUGUGGAGACCAAAACAAACUCUGGAAAGGAGCCAACUAAAAACAAAACGUUGUGCCACCUGCACACUGAUCUUUGAGCUCUGAUAGAAUGGUGCUGCAUCAGCAUUUGUAAUUCCAUAUAGGAAUAGACAUGUUAUUUAAAGUACAUGCUAAUGAACGUCGUAUUGUAGACUUAGUCAUGGGGACAGGCAAGAUAUUAAGCUGAGCACCACAGGGCACCAUAGCCUCUUUAAAUUCAAGAGGAAAAAAACUUAUUGACACAU